AAUUACAUGUAUAUAUUAUUAAGAUAAUAUAUACGUCGGGUCUUAUUUUUUUUUAAAAAAGUUUAUUUUGUUCCAUUUUUGAAAAAGAGGGAGCGUGGGUGGCGAGCGGUUUUUAGCAAUUAUUCCUAUUUUCUGUUAUCUGUCCCCAUCCCUCCCCACCCCCUGCUGAAGCGAGAAUAAGGGCAGGGACCUGGGCUUCUACCUACCGGUAACCCCUCACCCGCUCCACACCCGCCCCUACACCCAGCACAGUGCCCUGCACUCAGUAGGCGCUCAAUAAAUGUUCGUGGAUGAUGAUGAUGAUGAUGAUGAAAAAAAUGCAGCAUCAACGGCAGCAGCAAGCGGACCACGCGAACGAGGCAAACUAUGCAAGAAGCACCAGGUUCUCUCUCUCUGGUGAAGGACCAACUUCUCAGCCGAACAGCUCCAAGCAGACCGUCCUGUCUUGGCAGGCCGCAAUCGAUGCUGCGCGACAGGCCAAGGCUGCCCAGACCAUGAGCACCUCCGCACCCCCACCUGUAGGAUCUCUCUCCCAAAGAAAACGUCAGCAAUACACCAAGAGCAAAAAACAGGGUAACUCGUCUAACAGCCGACCUGCCCGCGCCCUCUUCUGUUUAUCACUCAAUAACCCCAUCCGAAGAGCCUGCAUUAGUAUAGUGGAAUGGAAACCAUUUGACAUAUUUAUAUUAUUGGCUAUUUUUGCCAAUUGUGUGGCCUUAGCUAUUUACAUCCCAUUCCCUGAAGAUGAUUCGAAUUCAACAAAUCAUAACUUGGAAAAAGUAGAAUAUGCCUUCCUGAUUAUUUUUACAGUCGAGACAUUUUUGAAGAUUAUAGCUUAUGGAUUAUUGCUACAUCCUAAUGCUUAUGUUAGGAAUGGAUGGAAUUUACUGGAUUUUGUUAUAGUAAUAGUAGGGUUGUUUAGUGUAAUUUUGGAACAAUUAACCAAAGAAACAGAAGGCGGUAACCACUCCGGUGGCAAAUCAGGAGGCUUUGACGUCAAAGCCCUCCGCGCCUUUCGGGUGUUACGGCCACUGCGACUAGUGUCAGGAGUGCCCAGUUUACAAGUUGUCCUGAACUCCAUUAUAAAAGCCAUGGUUCCCCUCCUUCACAUAGCCCUUUUGGUAUUAUUUGUAAUCAUAAUCUAUGCUAUUAUAGGAUUGGAACUUUUUAUUGGAAAAAUGCACAAAACAUGUUUUUUUGCUGACUCAGAUAUAGUAGCUGAAGAGGACCCAGCGCCAUGUGCGUUCUCAGGGAAUGGACGCCAGUGUAUCGUUAACGGCACGGAGUGUAGGAGUGGCUGGGUUGGCCCCAACGGAGGCAUCACCAACUUCGAUAACUUUGCCUUUGCUAUGCUCACCGUGUUCCAGUGCAUCACCAUGGAGGGCUGGACAGACGUGCUCUACUGGGUAAAUGAUGCGAUAGGAUGGGAAUGGCCAUGGGUGUAUUUUGUUAGUCUGAUUAUCCUUGGCUCAUUUUUCGUCCUUAACCUGGUUCUUGGUGUCCUUAGUGGAGAAUUCUCAAAAGAAAGGGAGAAGGCGAAGGCCCGGGGCGAUUUCCAGAAACUGCGGGAGAAGCAGCAGCUGGAAGAGGACCUGAAGGGCUACUUGGAUUGGAUCACCCAGGCGGAAGACAUUGAUCCUGAGAAUGAGGAGGAAGGAGGAGAGGAAAGCAAACGAAAUACCAGCAUGCCAACCAGCGAGACGGAAUCUGUGAACACGGAGAACGUAAGUGGCGAAGGCGAGAACCAAGGCUGCUGGGGAACUCUCUGGUGCUGGUGGAAAAGAAGCGACGCGGCCCAGGCCGGGCCCUCUGGGUGCCUGCGGUGGGGUCAAGCCAUCUCAAAAUCCAAGCUCAGCCGCCGCUGGCGUCGCUGGAACCGAUUCAGUCGCAGACGAUGUAGGGCUGCCGUGAAGUCUGUUACGUUUUACUGGCUGGUUAUUGUCCUGGUGUUUCUCAACACCUUAACCAUUUCCUCUGAGCACUACAACCAGCCUGACUGGCUGACGCAGGUCCAAGAUAUCGCGAACAAAGUCCUCCUGGCGCUGUUCACCUGCGAGAUGCUGGUGAAGAUGUACAGCCUGGGUCUCCAGGCGUACUUCGUCUCCCUCUUUAAUCGCUUUGACUGCUUCGUGGUGUGUGGGGGCAUCACGGAAACCAUCUUGGUGGAGCUGGAAAUCAUGUCUCCCCUGGGCAUCUCCGUGUUCCGCUGUGUGCGCCUCUUACGGAUUUUCAAAGUGACCAGGCACUGGACAUCCCUGAGCAACUUGGUGGCAUCCUUGUUAAACUCCAUGAAGUCCAUCGCUUCGCUGUUGCUCCUGCUCUUCCUCUUCAUCAUCAUCUUCUCCUUGCUCGGGAUGCAGCUGUUUGGAGGCAAGUUUAAUUUCGACGAGUCGCAGACCAAGCGGAGCACCUUUGACAAUUUCCCUCAGGCGCUUCUCACGGUGUUCCAGAUUCUGACAGGCGAAGACUGGAAUGCUGUGAUGUAUGACGGCAUCAUGGCGUACGGGGGCCCGUCAUCUUCAGGGAUGAUCGUCUGCAUCUACUUCAUCAUCCUCUUCAUUUGUGGGAACUAUAUUCUACUGAAUGUCUUCUUGGCCAUCGCUGUAGACAAUUUGGCUGAUGCUGAAAGUUUGAAUACUGCUCAGAAAGAGGAAGCUGAAGAAAAGGAAAGAAAAAAGAUUGCCAGAAAAGAAAGCCUGGAAAAUAAAAAGAACCACAAGCCGGAAGUCAAUCAGAUAGCCAACAGUGACAACAAGGUCAUAAUUGAUGAGUACCAAGAAGAGGAUGAGGACAAGGACCCCUACCCACCCUGCGAUGUGCCAGUAGGGGAAGAGGAAGAGGAGGAGGAGGAGGAGGAUGAACCCGAGGUCCCAGCUGGCCCCCGUCCUCGCAGAAUCUCGGAGCUGAACAUGAAAGAGAAAAUCGUCCCCAUUCCGGAAGGGAGCGCCUUCUUCAUUCUUAGCAAGACCAACCCCAUCCGCGUGGGCUGCCACAAGCUCAUCAACCACCACGUCUUCACCAACCUCAUCCUCGUCUUCAUCAUGCUGAGCAGCGCGUCCCUGGCCGCCGAGGACCCCAUCCGCAGCCACUCCUUCAGGAACACUAUACUGGGUUACUUUGACUAUGCUUUCACAGCCAUCUUUACUGUUGAAAUCCUGUUAAAGAUGACGACCUUUGGAGCGUUCCUCCACAAAGGGGCCUUCUGCCGGAACUACUUCAACUUGCUGGACAUGCUGGUCGUCGGGGUGUCUCUGGUGUCCUUUGGGAUCCAAUCCAGUGCCAUCUCGGUGGUGAAGAUUCUCAGGGUCUUAAGGGUCCUGAGACCGCUCAGGGCCAUCAACAGAGCAAAAGGACUUAAGCACGUCGUCCAGUGCGUCUUUGUGGCCAUCCGGACAAUCGGCAACAUCAUGAUCGUCACCACCCUUCUGCAGUUCAUGUUUGCCUGCAUCGGGGUCCAGUUGUUCAAGGGAAAGUUCUAUCGCUGCACAGAUGAGGCCAAAAGUAACCCUGAGGAAUGCAGGGGGCUUUUCAUCCUCUACAAGGACGGGGAGAUUGAUAACCCUGUGGUCCAUGAGAGGCUCUGGCAAAAUAGCGAUUUCAAUUUUGACAAUGUCCUUUCUGCUAUGAUGGCGCUGUUCACGGUCUCCACGUUCGAGGGCUGGCCUGAGUUGCUGUACAAAGCCAUCGACUCGAACGGAGAGAACGUGGGCCCGAUCUACAACUACCGCGUAGAGAUCUCCAUCUUCUUCAUCAUCUACAUCAUCAUCGUCGCUUUCUUCAUGAUGAACAUCUUCGUGGGUUUCGUCAUUGUCACGUUCCAGGAGCAGGGAGAAAAAGAGUAUAAGAACUGUGAGCUGGACAAAAAUCAGCGCCAGUGUGUUGAAUACGCCUUGAAAGCACGCCCCGUGCGGAGAUACAUCCCCAAAAACCCCUACCAGUACAAGUUCUGGUACGUGGUGAACUCCUCGCCUUUCGAAUACAUGAUGUUUGUCCUCAUCAUGCUCAACACACUCUGCUUGGCCAUGCAGCACUAUGAGCAGUCCAAGAUGUUUAAUGACGCCAUGGACAUCCUGAACAUGGUCUUCACUGGGGUGUUCACUGUCGAGAUGGUUUUGAAGGUCAUUGCGUUUAAGCCUAAGGGGUAUUUUAGUGACGCCUGGAAUACGUUUGACUCCCUCAUCGUAAUCGGCAGCAUUAUAGACGUGGCCCUCAGCGAAGCCGACCCAACUGAAAGUGAAAAUAUCCCUGUCCCAACUGCUCCACCCGGGAACUCUGAAGAGAGCAAUAGAAUCUCCAUCACCUUUUUCCGUCUUUUCCGAGUGAUGCGAUUGGUGAAGCUUCUCAGCAGGGGGGAAGGCAUCCGGACACUGCUGUGGACCUUCAUUAAGUCCUUUCAGGCACUCCCGUAUGUCGCCCUCCUCAUAGCCAUGCUGUUCUUCAUCUACGCGGUCAUCGGCAUGCAGAUGUUUGGGAAAGUUGCCAUGAGAGACAACAACCAGAUCAACAGGAACAACAAUUUCCAGACCUUUCCCCAGGCGGUGCUGCUGCUCUUCAGGUGUGCGACCGGCGAGGCCUGGCAGGAGAUCAUGCUGGCCUGCCUCCCGGGGAAGCUCUGUGACCCCGAGUCGGAUUACAACCCCGGGGAGGAGUACUCCUGUGGGAGCAACUUCGCCAUCGUGUACUUCAUCAGCUUUUACAUGCUCUGCGCCUUCCUGAUCAUCAACCUGUUUGUGGCCGUCAUCAUGGACAACUUUGAUUAUCUGACCCGGGACUGGUCCAUUCUGGGACCUCACCAUUUAGACGAAUUCAAAAGAAUAUGGUCAGAAUAUGACCCCGAGGCCAAGGGGAGGAUCAAGCAUCUGGACGUGGUCACCCUGCUGCGCCGCAUCCAGCCGCCCCUGGGGUUCGGGAAGCUGUGCCCACACAGAGUGGCCUGUAAGAGACUAGUCGCCAUGAACAUGCCUCUCAACAGUGAUGGGACAGUCAUGUUUAAUGCAACCCUGUUUGCUUUGGUCCGCACAGCUCUUAAGAUCAAGACGGAAGGGAACCUGGAACAAGCUAACGAAGAGCUGCGAGCUGUGAUAAAGAAAAUCUGGAAGAAAACCAGCAUGAAGCUGCUUGACCAAGUUGUCCCUCCAGCUGGUGAUGAUGAGGUAACCGUGGGGAAGUUCUAUGCCACUUUCCUGAUACAGGACUACUUUAGGAAAUUCAAGAAACGGAAAGAACAAGGACUGGUGGGAAAAUACCCUGCGAAGAACACCACCAUUGCCCUACAGGCGGGGUUAAGGACACUGCACGACAUCGGGCCAGAGAUCCGGCGGGCUAUAUCGUGUGAUCUGCAAGAUGAUGAGCCCGAGGAAACGAAAGGAGAAGAAGAAGAUGUAGUCAAAAGAAAUGGUGCCCUGCUUGGAAACCAUGUCAAUCAUGUUAAUAGUGAUAGGAGGGAUUCCCUUCAGCAGACCAAUACCACCCACCGUCCCCUGCAUGUCCAAAGGCCUUCAGUUCCACCUGCAAGUGAUACUGAGAAACCGCUGUUUCCUCCAGCAGGAAAUUCGGUGUGUCAUAACCAUCAUAACCAUAAUUCCAUAGGAAAGCAAGUUCCCAGCUCAACCAAUGCCAAUCUCAAUAAUGCCAAUAUGUCCAAAGCUGCCCCCGGAAAGCAGCCCAGCAUUGGGAGCCUUGAGCAUGUGUCUGAAAAUGGGGAUGAUUCCUCCCACAAGCAUGACCAUGAGCCUCAAGGAAGGUCCAGUCGGAAAAGAGCCCGCUAUUAUGAAACUUACAUUAGGUCCGACUCAGGAGAUGAGCAGUUCCCCACCAUUUGCCGGGAAGACCCAGAGGUCCAGGGGUACUUCAGGGACCCCCGCUGCUUGGGGGAGCCCGAGUACUUCAGCGGUGAGGAGGACUACGAGGAGGACAGCUCACCCGCCUCCAGCAGGCAAAACUACAGCUACUACAGCCGACACCCAGGCAGCAGCUUGGAUUUCGAGCGGCCCCGGGGCUACCACCACCCGCAAGGCUUCCUGGAAGACGACGACUCGCCCAUUUGCUACGAUUCCCACAGAUCUCCGAGGAGACGCCUACUACCUCCCACCCCAACAUCGCAUCGGAGAUCCUCCUUCAACUUCGAGUGCCUGCGCCGGCAGAGCAGCCAGGAGGACAUCCCGCCGUCCCCCACCUUUCCCCACCGCACGGCCCUGCCUCUGCACCUGAUGCAGCAACAGGUCAUGGCAGUCGCAGGCCUAGAUUCAAGCAGAGCCCAGAAGUACUCGCCGAGCCACUCGACCCGCUCGUGGGCCACCCCUCCAGCGACCCCUCCGUAUCGGGACUGGGCGCCGUGCUACACGCCCCUGAUCCAGGUGGAGCCCUCAGAGGCCCUGGACCAGGUCAACGGCAGCCUGCCCUCCCUGCACCGCAGCUCCUGGUACACGGACGAACCUGGAAUCUCCUACCGGACUUUCACACCGGCCAGCCUGACCGUCCCCAGCAGCUUCCACAGCAAGAACAGCGACAAGCAGAGGAGCGCGGACAGCUUGGUGGAGGCCGUCCUGAUCUCCGAAGGCUUAGGACGGUAUGCAAGGGACCCAAAAUUUGUGUCGGCGACAAAACAUGAAAUUGCCGAUGCCUGUGACCUAACCAUCGACGAGAUGGAGAGUGCAGCCAGCCACCGGCUGAACGGAGCCGUGCCCCCCGGGGCUAACGGGGACGUGAGCCCCGACGCGAGCCGCCAGGACUACGAGCUCCAGGACUUCGGGCCAGGUUACAGCGACGAAGAGCCAGACCUGGGGAGGGAGGAGGAGGACCUAGCAGAUGAAAUGAUCUGCAUCACCACCCUGUAGCCCCCAGCGGGGGGCGGACUAGCUCUGCCCUCAGGUGGGGUGCCCGAGGGCCAGGGAAAAAGUGCCUCAUAGUUAGGAAAGUUUAGGCACUAGUGUGAAGCCCGUGUUCAGUUAGACUUUUGUGCAGGUGAUGUCAUGCCUUGAGAAAGCCAUAAACCUGUAGGGAACAGCUGUGUUCAGAGCUGAGCCCCAGCUGUGGGGACAGCAGGUCCCGCCCAUGCACGGAGGCCGGGCGCCGGGCAAGCCUGCCCUCUUGUUCACAGCCCACGCGGGGCACUUGCCCAUGCCCCCCGCCCACAGGCACGGUGGGGAAGGUUAAAGGUGAUGACGAUCACCGUACCUGUGUCAUUACCUCAGCCAUCGGUCUAGCAUAUCAGACAUUCACUGGGCCCAGCAUCUCCCUCCCAGGCACCCUGCUUCCUGGCUCCUGUUCUGAAACACAGUCAGUCAGUCAGGGCUACGCACCAGCCGUCCUCCGCAGAGGGGAGCGGGACCCCACAGGCAAGGUCUUCUGUCCCGUGACACCAGUUUCCACGGGAGCGCGCCGCGCAGACGGUCGGUUUCUGACUGUCAGGCCAAGGGCAGCCGUAAACUGGAAUCCUAAUGCACUCGCAGCCAGGUCAACUUAGAUACGCUAGUUUGUUUAAAACCUAGACUUACUGUACAUGACUUGUAAUAUACGAUCAUUUGUAUUUGUAAAGAGAUGGUCUAUAUUUUGUAAUUAUUGUAUCGUAUUUGAACUGCAGCAAUAUCCAUGGGUCCUAAUAAUUGUAGUCCCCCCCCCCACACUGAAAUCUAGAAAUCAUUGGUAUUUUUACUCAUACUCCACGGAAGUAGGAGAAAUUGAGCCAAUUCUCAUUCAUUCAGUGAAAAAUCUUUUGGGGGGUGAAAUUUUAAGUUCAAAAGAACUUGACACUAUAUAGAUUUUUCUAAAGUAUUUUGAGUCCCUAUAAGAUACACCCAAUGACCCUUUGUGGUCUUCUCCCUGGGCAAGCGUGCUGUGACUUGAGAGGGUACCUUUUGCUCCACCAGGGGCGGUGUUACUUUCACCCCCUUCCCCGUUAAGUUCAGGACAAGACCGACCCCGUGGCAUUCCUCGUGCUGGGUUUUCUCACCUGGCCACACAGCACGUUCUUACAGGUGAAUGCAGUCCCUCUGCUCGUGUCCCCGGGAAAGGUGAGGCAGCUUGUCUUGGGAAAUACUAGUAAGGAACGCUGGGGUGGGGGGUGAAGGAAGCAAAGUGACGCGAUCCUUAGAGGGUUAGAAGAUUGGGGUCUGGACAAAUAGUAUCGUUGCCUUUUUACAAAACGUUGCUGUACUGUGUGUUCUCUCCGAGGGCUUUUUUAUGCAACUGAAUGAGGGCUGACGUUUUCACUAGAAUGCACUCCCACUGCGAUUGUUCUUCCCUUUGGAAUCGCUAGACCCGUCAAGGCUUCCUUUUCUGUUCACGGAAUAACGCUGAACUUUGUCGAGUUACCUUGGCAGGGAUUCUCUGCAGUCAAAAAGCAAAACAAAAACAAACAGGUAGCAAUUUGGGGGUUCAAAAUUUUUAAAUAUUAAAUAGACAUCCUGUUAAUGUGGAUUUUCUUUUUUUGUAAAUAACAAUACUUUGUUAUGAAGACCUUACAAACCUCUUCUUAAGACAUUCUUACUCCAGAUCCAGGCAAAAAACUCUCCAAGGUUUGUAAAUGAUUAUUUCUUGACGUAAAUCCUUUUUUUAUUAAAUGUAAAAUGUUCUUCAGAAGAAAAUUGCGUAAUAAUUUUAUUGUAUUUGGGAGCUCUCCUUGCAAAGAGCUGGCGUUUGCCAGUGAGAGCUUGGAAGGGGUGGGCACUCUGUGAGGGCAGUUCUGUAAUUGUGUAGAUUUUUUUCUUAUUCUCGUCGCUCCGUCGAUGCCUAUGGUAACUUGAUACCAGCUGCAGAGAGCACUGUUUCUCCUAAAGGGCUAAACCACUGUUACCAUCUCCUCGGACUCUGUUUCUCUCUUAGGUAUUGGUCUUAUUGUGUGGCUUACCAUCACCGGUCCAGCAUUGCCUACCAGGACUGACUCUCCCGGGAUAGGCAAUGAUGUUUUCCAGUCAGUACUUAAAAAUGGGCAUUUUUAUGGGCUGCACCACUCCUAAUCUCUGUCUGCUUUAAGCCUGGUUCAACCUCUCACCUAACAUUAAAUUUUUCUUU